ACAAGCAGGAAGCUCCCUGCCCUUAUCAGACCAAUUGCAAACAAUAGAGCCCGUGUGUGGCGAGUUGUUUUUCUUUAUCACAGCGGAGAGAAGGACUCUCACACAGACAGAGGUGAAAAAUGAGCUCAGCCGAGGACCUGCUCAUCAUCUAUGAGGCGGAGGCAGAGCAGUGGGCUGUAUACCUGCGCUCUAUCUUCGCCGGGCCCGUCUGGGAGGGAGGGAUCUGUUGCUACGACAUCGCCACAGUGACCAGCCGGCGGGAGGACUUUCUGCGACUUGGCCAGUACAAGGUCAAGCUGUUAAUCCUCUCCAGGGGAAUGCUAGAGGGCCUGUGCCAGCUCCGCCGCUUCUUCCUGGCCCGGGUGCUGAAGCCUGCGGCCCACGUGGUGGUGCUUCUGUGUGGGGUAGACAGCCUGGCGCCCCUCCUGGAGGUGGUGCCCCUCAAGGGGGACGAGUGUCUGCAGAUAUCCAGCGAGCAAGACGCCCAUGAGUACCUGUCGGCUGUGACCGAUAUUGUGCAGAGAGGGCACCAGGCUGCAGCAGGGAAUGUCAGUGCUGUUCCUGGGAAGUUGACAGGACCGGAUCUAAAGCUGGAGUUAAACCAAAAGUUGGAGAGCAGGCAGUCUACCGGAGCCUCCAGUACCAAACCCAACAACAUGCUGCUGGUCCCCUCCAGAGUUCCCUGUGGGACGCCAGGCGAUGUGUUCAUUCUUUUAAAAGAUACUGUAGCCAGUAAAGAUGCUGAGGUUGAGUUCAGUAGGAGUAAACAGAGGGUGAGAGUGAAACCUGUCCACUGGAACAAACACACCCUCUGUGUGAACGCAGCAGACUUCCAAGCAGGAAGUGUGGGCGUAACACUGUACUGUAGUGGGGUGGCGAUGGGGAAGGCCCAUCUGCAGUACUACAGCAGCAUGGAGGAGAUGGCUCGCCUUCUGACCAGGGUGGCAGACCCUGUGGACUUCAUGUGCCAGUCUCUUCAGGUGUCCUCGGUAGAGAAGCUGGACCAAAGGCUGUCCUCCAUGCUGUUGGAAGCCAUGCCCUCCACAGGCUUCCAGGGACUGCAGGGAGAUGACCCACCCGAAGGGGAGACGCUCCCAGAGGAUGUGCCGUCACUUCUCCACUUUGCAGCCCAGAACGGGUUUAAAGACGUCUCCGGUGUGUUGCUACAAUGUCCUGGGGCGAAAAGAGCUCUGUGCACAACUAACCGCCAUGGUCAGACGCCCGCUGAGAUCGCCCAACAUAAUGGCCACGAUGAGCUCCAUGUAGUGCUGCAGCAGACCCUGAAUAUGUUCACCGUGGGCAAGGACAGUGAUGACAGCAGUAUCUAUGAGAUGAUGUGCACAGCAGGGAAUCCCAGUGCUCCAGACAUUCAGAGAGAGCAGCAGGGAGAGGGGGAUGAGGUGGGGGAGGAUGAGGAGGACCUGUACGCCCCGCUAGGUGUAAAUGAUGAAGAGUAUGACACCAUCUUGACCUCCAGCAGCGCCGUCGUUAUUGCUAACAGACCACCGGCGCCCACACCCCGGCCCGAAACCACCUCCGUCAAAGAGGACAGCACCCCCUUCAUAGCUCAAGUGUUCCAGAAGAAGAUGUCACAGAGCGAUACUGAAACCCUGUAUUCUCUACCCACUAAGCAAGCACGCGGGCGAGACGGCAUCUCCUCCACGUACGACACAUUUGUGCCCAACCAGCCGCCUGGGCUGGAGCAGCUGAUUGAGCUGCAGGAGAAGGUGAAGAGAGGCUCUCUCAGUAUGGACGAGGCUCUGGAGAGGUUCAGUGACUGGCAGAGGGUCCAGAAGGGAAUGGACGCCAUUCAACAGGAGAAACUACGCCAGCUGAGGGCGAGUAUCAUCAACAACCGAGAGGACGAUGAAAGUGUCUAUGAUAAAAUCAACAUCAUCCAUCACACACCCAAUGUGACUGUGAAUGAAUGUCGCAGAGGAAGCCAGCCGGUGGAGACUGACUUUUACAGCAAACCACUUAAAGGACAACAUGUGCCAUCAAACAAGAAACAAGACAUUUAAGUUAUUUGUUUUAGUCUCAUCCAUUCUGAAGAACCAAGCUCUUAUAGAUAGAAAUGAAUAUGUCUAUGUCCUGCAUCCCUAUAAGAUAUUGAUACAUGGUAAAUGUAACGUGAUAAAGAUGGCCAUAUCCGUUAUACGACUAUGUUCAUUAAGUUAUUAAGUUCAAAUUAAAUCAUUUUAUUUCACAACGUCAUGCAAUUGUAUCUGGGGUGUAUAACUCAUACAGUCUAUGUGGUUAUACUGUAGGGGUAUGGGGUAGGUCAUUUCCUCAUUCUGUCUGUGUUACAUACAUACUAAAUGAACACAACUCACCUACAUAAUAUAGGGUACUAUACAGUUUGCUCAGGAUUUGUACCUUAUUAAUCAGUUGAAUGGGUUUUGCUAGGUUUGCUGGGCAUACUAGUUCAUAAGAAGUCCUACUCUGCCCUCUAGUGGACAAGGAAAAACCCUACACCUUCAGACUGUUGACCUCAACUCCUGAGGCAUUUCUAAAAGAUAUUCUUCAAGGUUUUAUGUGUAUCAUUCGUAUGGCGGUACAUAUCACAAAGUGAGCCUAUAUGCUCAUGUGAUCUGGUUCCUCUACUCUCAUAUUCUUGUGCAGGUUGAACACAAAUUAAUGAAUGCAGAAAUAGGCAACAGUAACAAUCACAUAAAACAUGUAGUCAUUAAUUUGGAGUAGGGUGAAGUUGCCCCAAGAUGCUGAUCUUGGGUCAGUUUUCCAUUUCUCCAAAUAAUGGUUAAGGUUUUAGGGGAGGGGAAGCUGAUCUAAGAUCUGUACCUAGGGGAAACGUCACCCCAAAGUCAUCCAUCUAUACAAGGGGAUAAACCGCCUCCGUCCAGCUGCUUGCAGUACAGGAAUCUGCCUUCAGAGGGCAGCAUCACAAAGCAGUGAUGUACAGGUUUAUCACUGGUCCAAGACUAUGAUUGAAUAUAAUUCAUGUUAGUUGUAGAUGUUUGGGGCGGGUAAUCUGAUAAACCUCGGAGCCAUAUACGAUUUUAAGGAUUUUAUUAUUGUAUGUGAUGGUGACUAUUGACAGAAAACUGACGUUAUUGUACCAAAGCAGUGGUUCAUUAUCACUGCCACACAAUACAGCAGCCGGAAUGGGUCUAACAAAAAAUGUCUUUGUAUUACUAGUAUUACUUUGUAUUACUAGUAUUACUUUGUAUUACUAGUAUUACUUUGUAUUACUAAUACAGGGCAAAACACAAACCUCAGGCUUGGGACGAAUUUAUCAGGGAACAAGGCGUAGCGUUCAGAUAGAAAUGUAAUAUAUAGAACAAACAUGUCCCUCUGACAUGUAGAAUAAGGAUUCAUGUAUGUUCCAUUCAUUGCAUUUCUAUUACAACGUUCCACAACGGUUGUCUGCUGAAUUAGAUUCCCUUGUCUAGAAACCCUGGCAUCAGUCAGAGCUGUUUGCCAACCAAGCAGCUGGGUACACGCUGGGUGCCAUUCUCCUGAUCAACCAUGCUCUUUGUGAAUAAUAUGUAUUAAAGCCCAUCAUUCCAUCUUGGUCCUGCCAGUUAGCCCUUUGGAGAUAAUCCGGCUCAGGCUGCAGGACCCCGUGGAAUCGGAGGCAUAUGUUUGUCUGUCACCUGCUGAGCAUAGUUCAUUCGGUCUUCCCUGUCAGGGCAUGGUGGUGGAGAUGGCCCUGGUUCAUCAUGCAUAAAUGUUUCAUGCUGCACAGCUAGAAAAGAGGAAGCUUCUUCCAGGAGCAGGUUAGCUUGUGUUCUGUCAAUGUCUUUAAUUUUGUUUAUGUGACAGUGUUUUGAUCUCUAAUAAUAAAAAUGUUGCAACACCUCA